AUGGAUACGACCUUGGAGAAAGGGGCCGUCGACUUUGCGACGGAGUCUCGACCAUCCACUAUGUCGACGGCUCGGAAUGCCGAGGACCUCCGGGAAGAGGCCAGGCGCAGCAACCCCAACGGAUCGACCCGGGCAACUGGCAUCUCGAUUCAGCAGGCCGAGGCCGACUUCGCCGAACUGCGGCGUGAGCUGUCCCACAUGUCGCGUGCCAGCAAAAGGCACGGUCAAGGAGACCAGGAGAAGGGGCAGCUGGAGAGUGGUUUCCCUCCGUCCGAGGAGACAUUCGAGCAGUUCGAUCUCGAAGCCGCAUUGCGCGGGGAUCUAGUUGCCCAAAGAGAGUCGGGCAUCCGGCCAAAGCACAUCGGGGUGCUUUGGCAAAAUCUAACCGUGAAGGGCAUCUCGGGGCAAAUGAACUAUGUCAAAACCUUUCCCGACGCGUUUGUUGACUUCUUCGAUAUCAUCACUCCGAUCAGACGAAUGCUCGGCUUUGGCAAAAGGGGUGUUGAGGCCACGCUUCUGGACAACUUCAGGGGUGUCUGCAAACCUGGUGAGAUGGUCCUCGUGUUGGGCAAGCCUGGAUCGGGGUGCACCACGUUCCUCAAAACCAUCGCGAACCAACGGUACGGCUACACAGCCGUGACUGGUGAGGUGCUCUAUGGCCCUUUCACCCACGAGGAGUUCAUCCAGUACCGCGGAGAGGCUCUCUACAAUGAUGAAGACGAUGUCCACCAGCCGACCCUGACCGUCGAGCAAACCCUUGGAUUCGCCCUCGACGUGAAGACGCCAGGGAAGCUACCGGCCGGCAUCACCAAGCAAGAGUUUAAGGAGAAGGUCAUCUCGACGCUCCUAAAGAUGUUCAAUAUCGAGCAUACCCGCAAUACCAUCGUUGGGAACCCCUUUGUUCGCGGCGUUUCUGGCGGCGAGAGGAAGCGAGUCUCGAUCGCCGAGAUGUUAGUGAGCAACGCCUGCAUUCUCUCCUGGGACAACAGCACCCGUGGCCUCGAUGCUUCGACCGCCCUUGACUUCAUCAAAUCUCUCCGUGUCCAGACCGAUCUGUACAAGACGAGCACCUUCGUCUCGCUGUACCAGGCUUCCGAGAAUAUUUACAACCUGUUUGACAAGGUCAUGGUCAUUGAUGAAGGCAGACAAGUCUACUUCGGCCCCGCCUCACAGGCCAGGGCCUACUUCGAAGGGCUCGGCUUCCUUCCCCGGCCGAGGCAAACCACCCCUGACUACGUUACUGGCUGCACCGACGCCUACGAACGCAAGUACCAGGAGGGCCGAUCCGCCGAGAACGCCCCGCACAGCCCAGCCACCCUGGAAGCUGCUUUCAAGGAAUCCAAGUUUUGCAGGGAUCUGGAUGAAGAGAUGGCGCAGUACAAGAAGAGCCUUAGUGAGGAGGCUGAUAAGUACGAAGAUUUCCGCGUCGCUGUGAGCGAGCAGAAGCGUCGUGGUGCCUCAGAGAAGUCGGCCUACUCAGUCGGGUUCCAGACCCAGGUUUGGGCGCUCAUGAAACGCCAGUUUCUGCUUAAGAAACAGGACGUCCUUGCCCUCGUCCUUUCUUGGCUGCGAAACAUCAUCAUCGCCAUCGUCCUCGGUACGCUCUAUCUGAAUCUCGGCCAAACGUCCGCCAGCGCCUUCAGCAAGGGUGGCCUUCUGUUCAUAAGCCUGCUUCAUAAUGUCUUCAGUUCCUUUUCCGAGCUGCCCGGAGCCAUGACGGGUCGCCCCGUCGUCAACAAGCACCGAGCGUACGCCUUUCACAGGCCGUCGGCGCUUUGGAUCGCCCAAAUCUUUGUCGACCAGAUUUUCGCCGCCACCCAGAUCAUGGUCUUCUCGAUCAUUGUCUACUUCAUGACCAACCUGGCUCGUGAUGCUGGCGCCUUCUUUACGUUCUACUUAUUGCUUCUCACGGCCAACACGUGCAUGACCUUGUUCUUCCGCAUCCUGGGGUGUAUCAGCCCUGAUUUCGAUUAUGCUGUCAAGUUUGCUACGGUCGGCAUCACGUUGAUGAUCACUACUGCUGGUUAUCUCAUCCAGUACCAGUCUGAGCAGGUGUGGCUGAGGUGGAUCUAUUACAUUAAUCCUGUGGGCUUGACAUUCUCUGCACUCAUGGAGAAUGAGUUUGGGAGGUCCACCAUGACUUGCACGGCCGAGUCUCUCAUCCCUGCCGGCCCGGAGUACAUUGAUAUCAAUCACCAGGUUUGCACCCUUGCGGGUUCGAACCCAGGUACCCUGCAGAUCUCGGGCAGCGACUAUAUCGAAAAGGGAUUCUCGUACAACCCUGGGCUCCUGUGGCGGGAUUGGGGUAUUGUUUUAGCGAUCAUCGUUUUCUUCCUCAUCAUGAACAUCGUUGCGGGUGAAUACAUUCGCCACGGCAUGGGUGGCAACCAGGCGAAGGUGUUUCAGAAGCCGAAUGCGGAACGCAAGAAGCUGAACGAGGAGUUGCUCCGCAAGAGAGAGGAGAAGCGCAACACUCGCGGGAAUGAGUCAGACUCGUCGGAGCUCAACAUCAAGUCCGAGAGCAUCCUCACUUGGGAGAACCUCUGCUACGACGUUCCGGUUCCUGGCGGCACUCGUCGUUUACUCGAUCACGUCUUCGGUUACGUCAAGCCGGGACAGUUGACGGCUCUUAUGGGUGCUUCCGGGGCGGGUAAAACUACGCUACUCGACGUUCUUGCGGCCCGCAAGAACAUCGGCGUGAUUUCCGGCGACAUUUUGGUGGACGGUAUCAAACCGGGCAAGGAAUUCCAGCGCGGGACCUCAUACGCCGAACAGCUCGAUGUCCACGAUCCCACGCAGACCAUUCGGGAAGCCCUUCGGUUCUCGGCCGACCUGCGCCAGCCGUUUGAGACACCUCGCGAGGAGAAGUACCGCUAUGUCGAGGAAAUCAUCGCUCUGCUGGAAAUGGAGACGUUCGCGGAUGCCAUCAUUGGCUCCCCGGAGGCCGGCUUGACUGUCGAGCAGCGCAAGAGGGUUACGAUUGGUGUGGAACUGGCGGCAAAGCCGGAGCUUCUCCUUUUCCUCGAUGAGCCGACGUCCGGUCUCGACAGUCAGAGCGCCUUCAACAUUGUUCGCUUCUUGAAGAAGCUCGCGGCUGCUGGCCAGGCCAUUCUCUGCACCAUCCACCAGCCUAACGCGGCCCUCUUCGAGAACUUCGACCGGCUGUUGCUGCUCAAAUCGGGCGGGCGAUGCGUGUACUUUGGCGAUAUCGGCAAGGAUGCGUGUGUGCUCCGCGAUUACCUCAAGAGGCACGGCGCUGUACCAAAAGACACGGACAAUGUCGCCGAGUUUAUGCUUGAAGCCAUCGGUGCCGGCAGCUCUCCCCGCAUUGGCAACCGUGAUUGGGCCGACAUAUGGGCCGACAGCCCGGAGCUGGCCGCCGUCAAGGAGACCAUUACGCAGAUGAAGGAAGCACGCAAAGCAGCAGGCGCUCAGCGGAACCCCGAACUCGAGAAGGAAUACGCUUCGCCCUUCUGGCAUCAGGUCAAGGUCGUGGUGCACCGCGCCAACCUUGCCCACUGGCGCACGCCCAAUUACCUCUUCACCCGCCUGUUCAACCACGUCGUUAUUGCGCUACUCACCGGCCUGACGUACCUCAACCUCGAUGAGUCGAGACAGUCACUUCAGUACAGAGUCUUUGUAAUGUUCCAGGUCACUGUCCUCCCUGCCCUCAUCAUCUCGCAGAUCGAGGUCAUGUACCACAUCAAGCGGGCCUUGUUCUUCCGCGAGCAGUCGUCCAAGAUGUAUAGCACCUUCGUCUUCGCCAUCUCUCUGCUCGUCGCCGAGAUGCCGUACAGCAUUCUCUGCGCCGUGUCAUUUUUCCUGCCCCUCUAUUACAUGCCGGGGCUGCAAACGGAGUCUUCUCGUGCCGGAUACCAGUUCUUCAUUGUCUUGAUCACCGAGAUCUUCUCCGUCACCAUGGGCCAGGCCCUGUCUGCCCUGACGCCGUCGCUCUUCAUCUCGUCCCAGUUCGAUCCCUUCAUCAUCGUCACCUUCGCCCUCUUCUGCGGCGUCACCAUCCCGGCCCCGCAGAUGCCCGCCGGCUACCGCACCUGGCUUUACGAGCUCAACCCCUUCACGCGCCUCAUCAGCGGCAUGGUGGUCACGGCGCUGCACGAGCUGCCUGUCCAAUGCCGGCCCGAGGAGCUCAACGCGUUUACGGCGCCGAGCGGCACCAACUGCGGCGAGUACAUGCGGCCGUUCUUUGCGCGCGGUGGCCCCGGCUAUCUCGUCGACAACAGCACGCAGGACUGCCAGUACUGCGCGUACAAGCUCGGCGACGAGUUUUACGGCCCGCUCGGGCUGAGCUUUGAUCACAGGUGGAGGGACCUCGGCAUCUACAUCGCGUUUAUCGGGAGCAAUCUGAUUAUCCUGUUUACGGCGAGCCGAUUCCUCAACUACAACAAGCGGUAG